AUGCCGAGUCCAUCUGAAACAAUACAGUUAAGUAUAGCUCUUGCCUAUCUUAUGGCUAGUGCUGUGACGAUUGUCUACAUGGGCAGCCAGAGACUUCUUAGAGAGACAAUCAAAAUGAAGAAACGAAGUGGCAACCAAAGUGAAGUAAUGAAAACAGGGGAUGCUAUGAUGAUGCCUUUAAUGGGGUCAGUCGUGUUGUUCAGCGUGUAUGUUAUACUGAGAUUUGUUCCUAGGGAGUAUUUCAACUCCAUAGUUUCAUUCUACCUGAGUAUCUUUGGUGUAUUCUCUCUUGGCUCAUUUGUUAAGACGUACACUCGUCCCAAUGUUUUAACUGGCUGCUUUUGCUGCGUGGCAGGAGGGUUAUAUUACAUAACCGGGAAUUGGCUGGUGAAUAACAUAUUAGCCACAGGUAUAGCUGUUUCGGCGAUCAGUUCGAUACAUUUGGGUUCUUUUAAGAGCUCUUUUGUUCUUCUCCUGGGCUUAUUUUUCUAUGAUAUAUUUUGGGUGUUCGGAUCUGAUGUUAUGCUCAUGGUCGCAAGCGGUGUAGAUGGACCAAUCAAACUGGUUUUCCCAAGGGAUAUCUUCGGUGGUUGUAAGUCGAUGAGCCUUUUGGGUCUUGGUGACCUUAUCAUUCCGGGGUUCUUUAUCGGCCAGACACUGGUAUUUUCCUCUCAGUAUGUAAAGAAGGGCAGUCUUUACUUCAAUGUUGCCCUCACUGCAUAUGGUUUGAGUUUAGUGAACACGAUGGCGGUAAUGGUGAUAUUUGAUCACGGUCAGCCAGCGCUUCUUUUUAUUGUUCCUUGGCUUCUAGUUUCCUUUUCCAUUACUGCCGUUAUUCAAGGCGAUUACAAGGCUGCAUGGGAAUAUACAUCCGAUGCCGUGACGGAGCCGGACAACUCAUCGACUGAUAAGGUGAAGUCUGAAGAGGGGGAUCAACGGGACGCAGGGGACGAGAUGGGGCUGGGCGACUUUUUAGUGAAGCAAAUGAAGGGACUUUUUGUCUGGGACGGCGAAGAAGAAGAGGAGGAGGUAUGUGAGGGAACAAAAAAGAAUGACUAG